GUGUGGCGGGGCACGCCGACGUAGCUACCCUGAGCUCCUCCGACCGCUACAUACAUGUACACUCUUCCAACCGCUGCCCACACAACUACAUUUUCCUCUCGCGACAAACCCCAGCUUCCCAGUCCGCGCUCCCCAGACACCCAAUUUCCUCCUAAAGCUUCCACACAAACACCAACCGCCUCACAAUACCCGCAUGCCCACCCCGUCCUCCACAGCAGCGCAACGUCUCGACGCCGUAUCCGCCCACGUCUCGCCACCCACCAUGUCCACCGAAAAGAAACCCCCAAUCACCUGCCACGUCCUCGACACCUCGCUCGGCCGCCCCGCCUCCUCCAUCCCCGUCACCCUGACCCUGCACAACCCGCCGUCCUCCCUCUCCGCGUCCGGCCUCACCUUCAGCGGGACCACCAACGCCGACGGCCGCGUGACGUCCUGGACACCAUCAUCACCCUUCAGCGCGGACGGGCUCGAUGUCAUCUUCAAGAGGGCGGGCGACCAGAAGUAUAGCUUGACGUUUGAUACGGAGAGCUAUUUUGGGGAGAGGGGGGUCAAGACGUUUUUUCCCGAAGUCGAGAUCAAGUUCGUGGUGAGGGAUGGGGGGAAAGGGGAGCAUUAUCAUGUGCCGGUGUUGUUGAGUCCGUUUGGCUAUACGACGUACAGGGGGUCGUAGGUGAGGAUUGGAAGUGUGAGGAGAUGGUAGCGAAUGUAUCAGGAUAUAUUUUUCAUGCUAAUGAUUCGAUCCUUCCAGCCAGCCUGGUAUGAUCUUUCUACACAAUUCGAUUGCCC